CAGAAAGAUAUUUUAUCGCGUCAACUAGCCCACCAUCAUAUGAAUGCAAAUAUCUGUAAUAAUAUCAUCAUAGCUGCGUCUCCUUUGAGUGUAUUAUACAAGCCAGGAAUCAAGAGCUGUUGCUCUCAUGUGUUCAUUCGGGGACCUCAAGUUCUACUCGUCACGGGCCUUCCUCGACGAUGUGGACGACGAUGAUGAGGAAACGCAAUCACCACCGCUGGUGUACACGUCGCUGAUGUCCUGUGAGCAGCCUGCCUCUUCCCUCCUGCUGGCCUACGGCAGCCUCAGCGUCGAGUUCUGCCGCGGUCUGCUGCCGGCGAGCGGCUUCCAGCUGUGCGGCCGCUUCUGUGUCGGACCUCUGGAGGUAGCGGAUGUGUUUCAGAGCCCCGGCCUCCUGCUGGCGCUGUGCCCCCCUCUACGGGACGCCGCCCCCGCCUUCAGUCUCGCGCAGCAGCUGCUGCAGCGCUGCAGUGGAGACAGCAGCUGCGUUGUGCUCACAACAGAACACAUCUGCAAACUGAGAGCUGCCACAGGCGAGUUUAGUGAGAGCAGCGAGGCGUUGCGGUGCCUUACUUCGCCUGCUGCCGACCGCCUGCCUCCAUCGUCUGUAGGCCGCCUGCCACGACCUGCUUUUGUGGACUCCGUGCCUGCUGCAGUAUUAACGGCGUGCACGCUGCAGCAGCUGCCCUGCGUGACCUACGUCGUCUACACAGAGACCGUCUCCCCCUACGACGUCUCCGCCGUGGCUGGAGACCUGCGCCGGGCGCUGCGCUCCCACCAAGCCUGGAGGAAGCUCUCGGCGGCGAGCAGCAACAGAAGCGCAGGCUUGAACACUGAGCAGCAGGCGGGCACCCCGCGUAAGGGCGCCUCCAUACAAGUUCCUUUUAAUUAUAUCUGAAACUUGCGAA